UUUAGUUCUUCUGGGUAUUGCUCGUUCCUAAAUAUUAUUAUAUAAUUGAGCAUCUUUGUUAAUCAAAUCCAUGUAUAGUGGUAAGUAUUCCCGUCUGUUACGCGGGAGACCCGGGUUCGAUCCCCGACAAUGGCGUUCUCUUUCCCCAAAGCCGAAAGGCUGUUAGUGCAACUUUUACUUUUCUUCUACGCAUUUUCUGGGAAAAUGAAAUAGAAAAAAAAGGCCAUGAAUUUUACGACCUUAAACGAGCUAAGUAAAACGUCCUCAGCAUAAUAGAAACAGAGAGAUCUCCGCCGUCUGAUCUUCCCUACUGAAACUCCCCUUCGUCCGAUCAUGACAACCAGCAUCCAUGUCACCGCCCUGGACAGUGUUGUGAACGUUAACUCCCUCUUCACGCUCGCCGUCUUCAUCGGCCUAACGUGGAACCCUUAUGAUUCCAGCAAUACCCUCGUCGACCCAGGUAGCCGAUGUUUCCCAAACUCAAAAAUCGCAGAAGACUUGAUAAAAUUCCACGUCUACUCCUUCAGUUCCUUCCUCUUCUCCAGCCUCGUCGCUUUAGCUCUUAAACAAGCAAUCAAGAUCUCCAAAACCCAUGCUUUUAACAUCGAUAUUAGGUUCCGUGGUUCUGAGUUUUUGGAACAUGUUGAUGUUAAUAAGACAUUACUUCGGGUCGGGAUGUUGGUUUCAGGUGCUGGGUCGGUGGCGGGAUGUGUGUUUUUGAUGUUGGCUUUGAUUAAUGUAGUUCAGAUAAAGGUUGGGACUUUGGCUUGUGGGAGUGGAUAUGCGUUUGCAGCGGUUGUUCCUCUUGUUAUUUUCGUUCCACUUGCUCUUUUGAUAUAUGUUUGUUUCGGGCUUUAUGCUUUUACUCGUUAAGGUUUUGGUCUUCUUCUUCUUCUUCUUGGGAACCUUUGUUUUAUUGUAUGAUGUAGUUGGAAUUAUAGUGGAAUGAAGGGAUUAUGUUGUAACUUGGGUUUGUUAUUGUUGUAUGAUCUAGGUGGUUUUAUAAUGAAUCAAUAAAGAAAAGGUUUAAACUUUGAGAGAAUUGAGUUUUCUUGCUUAGAUUUUUCUUGAUUUGAAGUGUUUUUGGGUUUAUUUUGUUGCAUGAUCCAAGCUAGAAUUAUAAUGGAACAUAGCUAUAAAGAUUGGAACUUUGAGAAUUGUUGUU